CACUCAUACACACAAGCCAACAUUAUUCAACACUACACCGUUUGGUGAUUUAGCGUUUUUUCGGCAUAAAAGAAAAGUCUGUGUAACAUUAAAAACUGCAAUCCAUUGAACAUAUUUAUUAUUGGGGACUAAAAACAACGCAAGCAAAAAAUGAGCCUCACAUCCGCCGCGGGGAUAAUAUCCCUACUUGAUGAACCGAUGCCAGAUCUCAAGGUGUUCGCCUUGAAGAAGCUGGACAACAUUGUGGAUGAGUUCUGGCCUGAAAUAUCCGAGUCGAUUGAAAAGAUCGAAAUGCUGCACGAGGACAGGACCUUCCCGGAGAACAAGCUGGCUGGCAUGGUUGCUUCCAAGGUAUUCUAUCAUCUGGGCUCGUUUGAGGAUGCGCUCACAUAUGCGCUGGGCGCUGGCGAUCUGUUCGAUGUGAAUGCCCGCAACGAGUACACUGAGACAAUCAUUGCCAAGUGCAUUGAUUUCUAUAUUGCACAACGCAUUGAUUUCAUUGAGAAUCCAAAGGAGGCGAAGCCCGUGGAUGAGCGCUUGGAGGGCAUUGUCAAUCGCAUGAUUCAGCGUUGUCUGGACGACAAUCAAUACCGCCAGGCUCUCGGCAUUGCGCUGGAAACGCGUCGUAUGGACAUUUUCGAAGUGUCCAUCAUGAAAUCGGACGAUGUGCGCGGCAUGCUGGCCUAUGCCUACAAUGUGACCAUGUCGCUGUUGCAGAAUCGGGGUUUCCGCAAUCAGGUGCUGCGCUGCCUGGUCGGACUCUAUCGAGACUUGGGCGUGCCGGACUAUGUGAACAUGUGCCAGUGUCUCAUCUUCCUGGAAGAUCCGCUAGCCGUUGCUGAAAUGCUAGACAAGUUGACUGGCUCUCCGGUGGAGGCCAACAAUCUGAUGGCCUAUCAAAUUGCCUUCGAUUUGUACGAGUCGGCAACCCAAGAGUUUCUGGGUAAUGUACUCCAGGCACUGAGGGACACAGCUCCCAUACCCACAGCGUUGCCCAGCACAUUCAAACCCCAAGGCACAACAGCUGGAAAUAGUGAUACCACUGGCAAAUCUGAUGAUGAGAAGGUUAAAUCGCAAAGCGACGAGAGCAUGGAGACCACUGACGAUAAGGAAGGCGAUGGCAAGAUCGAACGCACCAUUGACUCGCUGAACGACAUGGAGAAGCUGCAUCAGAAGAACAUUGAGAAACUCAUUUCCAUCCUCUCCGGCGAAGUGUCUAUUGACUUGCAACUACAGUUUCUCAUACGCAGCAAUCACGCCGAUCUGCAGAUAUUGCGUGGCACCAAGGAGGCGGUGCGCGUCUCGAUUUGCCACACAGCGACUGUCAUUGCCAAUGCUUUCAUGCACAGCGGCACCACGUCGGAUCAGUUCCUGCGCGACAAUCUGGAUUGGCUGGCGCGUGCCACGAACUGGGCGAAGCUAACAGCAACCGCCUCGUUGGGUGUCAUUCAUCGCGGACACGAGAAGGAUUCGCUGGCACUGAUGCAAAGCUAUUUGCCCAAGGAGGCGGGUCCCAGCUCUGGCUACUCCGAGGGUGGCGCCUUAUACGCCCUGGGUCUGAUACAUGCCAAUCAUGGCGCCAAUAUUAUCGACUACCUGCUGCAGCAGCUGAAGGAUGCCCAGAACGAGAAUGUGCGCCAUGGUGGCUGCCUUGGCUUAGGCCUGGCCGGUAUGGGCACCCAUCGCCAGGAUCUGUACGAGCAGCUGAAAUUCAAUUUGUAUCAGGACGAUGCUGUAACCGGCGAGGCAGCUGGCAUCGCUAUGGGCAUGGUUAUGCUGGGCUCCAAAAAUGCUCAGGCCAUUGAGGAUAUGGUGUCCUAUGCCCAGGAGACACAGCACGAAAAGAUUCUGCGCGGCCUAGCCGUAGGCAUCUCAUUGACCAUGUUUGCACGGCUUGAAGAGGCGGAUGCCCUUGUCACCAGCCUCUCCACCGACAAAGAUCCCGUCUUACGUCGCUCGGGAAUGUACACCCUGGCUAUGGCUUACAAUGGCACGGGUAGUAACAAGGCUAUCCGCAAGCUGCUUCACGUGGCCGUUUCUGAUGUCAACGACGAUGUGCGUCGCGCCGCUGUCACAGCAAUUGGUUUCAUCUUGUUCCGCACGCCGGAGCAGUGCCCGUCGGUGGUUAGUUUGUUGGCCGAAUCAUACAAUCCUCAUGUGCGUUAUGGUGCAGCCAUGGCACUGGGUAUCGCUUGCGCUGGCACUGGGCUGCGCGAGGCAAUUGCCUUGCUGGAGCCCAUGGUUAAAUUCGAUCCUGUGAACUUUGUCCGUCAGGGUGCGCUCAUUGCAUCCGCUAUGAUCCUCAUACAACACACAGACUUAAGUUGCCCCAAGAGCACCUUCUUCCGCCAGCUGUAUGCUGAGGUCAUCAGCAACAAGCACGAGGAUGUUAUGGCUAAAUAUGGUGCCAUCCUAGCACAGGGUAUCAUUGAUGCUGGCGGUCGCAACGCCACGCUCUCGCUGCAAUCUCGCACAGGACACACCAAUCUGCAGGCUGUGGUAGGCAUGCUGGCUUUCACCCAGUACUGGUACUGGUUCCCGCUGGCGCACACCCUGUCCCUUGCCUUUACACCCACCUGUGUAAUUGGCCUGAAUUCAGAUCUGAAGAUGCCCAAGAUGGAGUACAAAUCGGCGGCGAAGCCAUCACUGUACGCCUACCCGGCUCCGCUGGAGGAAAAGAAGAGCGAGGAGCGCGAGAAGGUAGCCACAGCUGUCCUCUCGAUUGCAGCCCGACAGAAACGCCGCGAGAAUGCCGACAAGAAGGAGGACGAGAAAAUGGAUGUUGAUGAGGACAGCAAGGAAAGCGCCGCUGCAGGCAGCAAAAAGGAAGAUGAGAAAUCGGAAACUGCAGUGAAGUCUGAAGACAAACCGGCGGAGGAGACCAAGCCCAAGAAGAAGGAUGAAAAAGAGAAGAAGAUUGAUGAAAAGGAUAAGGAAGCGAGCACUAGCGCGUCUGCUGACAAAGAAAAGGACAAGAAGGAAAAGAAGGAGCCCGAGCCCAAUUUCGAAAUUUUGCAGAACCCGGCACGUGCCCUGCGUCAACAACUGAAAGUCUUGAGUUUAGUCGAUGGCCAGAGCUACGAGCCCAUGAAAGAUAUCACGAUCGGCGGCAUCAUCGUAUUCCAGCACACGGGCAAGUCUGAAGAGCAGGAACUGGUCGAACCGGUCGCCGCAUUUGGUCCAAUGAACGAUGAUGAGAAGGAGCCCGAGCCACCAGAGCCAUUCGAAUACAUUGAAGAUUAAAUGGGCAUGUUGUUUGUCAUCAUCUAAGUAAAUCAUGUUUUGGUUUUUGAAUAUUGCAUACAAAUGUAUUUUUCACCAAAUUUACUA